AAACUCCUGUAGAAAUCCCAAGAGGAAACUUCUUGGGGAAUCCUCAGAGUGACCUUCUGGAGGAAUCUUAAGAGGUGAAAUUCUGAGAGAGAACUUGUGAUUGAAUACCCAAAGAGAAUUCCCUUUUGCAAUAUCUGGCGGAAUCCCAAAAGGCAUUUAAUAGUAGAAUCACCACAUUAAAUUUUCAGAUGAAUCCUCAGCAAGAAUUUCUGUAGGGAUCUUUAAGGUGAUUCUGGAAAAGGACAAAAAAAACUUGUCCGGCUAGGCAUUGUAGAGGAAUUCCACACAGAGCUCCUGAAGCAAUCCAGAAAUGAAUACAUGGGAGAAUCUCGCCAGUAGUAUUCACAGGAUUUAUACUAAAUAUUAAAAAAUAAUCCCUACAGACAUCCUUAGUGAAGCUCCUGAAGGAAUGCCAGCAUCGUGGUUCCAGCUUGGAAUCCACCAUAAUUCCUUUCACUCCGGCGUGGUGUGUCCAGCAUUUCUGCAGCAUCCGGCCAGUCCAAAAUCUAUAGUAUCGCAGCAGCAUUCAAUACAGCAAAUCGGCUUGGUUUCCGAAAGCUGCUUCUGUUGUUUCGUUACACAAACCUGAAAUUGGGGAUAGCCUUGAAUCUGGUGAUCCGGUAGCAUCUCCUUCGCUCAAAGUUGUAGCUCAAAAUUCAGCGACACUGAUUAUUUCUCCUGCCAUACAUUUUGAUCCGCAAUACUCGCUUCCGGUGGUUCUGGCAGUGUUUAUUUAUACUCAGUUUCGAAACUGGACUUGUAUUGGAUGUCACUUCUCUGUGAUUAUAGUUUCUGGAACACUCUAUGACGUUUUGUACGUAAACAGAUCAACUGAAAAACUGGUUGCAUAUAAUUAGUUCAGUGCAGUUAGUAACAAAGGCAACAGUGUUGUUAGCUCAUAAAUUUACCUACCGGUGUACCAUAUUGCGCACUAUUAUGUAGUGAUUUUCCGUUUGGCGUAUCUUUGUUUGGUGAGAAAAAUGUAAGGUUACUGGGAAUUGGCAAACAACACUAUCGAAACUAAUGUAUUCUGUUUGAAGAUUGCGUUGUUGAUGGUGGCUCGUAAGAGGAAACUUUCCAUAGCCGGAAAUAAUCAAUUCAUCGAAAUGAAAACCACUGAUUUAUGCAAUACAGUAGUGUCGAAUGGACACUGAGCCAAGUUAGAUCGCGUUUCUUUCAAGGUCCAAAAUGAUCAGAAGUGUUCGUGCUGUUUGGCUUCGAUUCAAAUGAUUGAGCUCGCCAAAAAUCACCGAAAUUCGACAUUUUUGCUCGAAUGAAGGCCCAGUUGGUGACUGUUUUUGGCUGUUGGACGUGUUUAUGCUGCUGGCAGGAGUCCGCAGCAAUUCAACAUCCUCAUGGGCCACCGAACGAUUGAUCCGUUACGCCAUCAAUGGUCUGUUCACCUACCAAGCAAUCGUCGCCAUCCUCCAUGUGACCCACGCAUUCAUCACCGAGGACAGCGAACUCUUUGAAGUAGUUUUCCACCUGAUGAAACUGUCCGGGAUUUUCGUAGCCGGAGCAAAGGUGUCGCUGGUUGCCUAUUUUGGAGAAUCGGUUGCGAAUGUCAGAAGACUGAUUACUGACAACCGUAUCAAUUCCGGCGAUAAAACCUACGAUGAUCUUGAGAAAGCGAAGUUCAACCGUUCGGCGCGAAAAGUUAUGCGGGCAGUUUUUGGAGUGAUUUUCGUCGACGCAAUCCUUCUGAUCAUUCCAAGUUCUGCCACGAAGAAGUUACUUAACUUGCCGCCUCCUCUCUCCCGUACUGGUCCAAUAAUUUCGCCAGUUUUGUGGGUUUGCUCGGCGCAACUUUUGUUCGUAGGAGUUAUUCCCAAAUUCUACUGUAACAUGGCCUGCGUCGGAACGCUGAUCCUCGGGAUGCGCAUGAAGCUGAAGAUCUUGGCACACCGCUGGGACCGUAUCUUGAAUCACCCACUCGAAUGGCCUGAGUACUACUUCGAGCGUAUGGAGUGUGAAGUGCGGAUAACCUUGAAUCAACAGACAGAGUAUUGGAGACAACUGGAAGCUCUGAAGACUCUAGUGGAAAAAUCAUUUUUCAUAGUUCACUACUACUCCCUGUACAGCAUCGGGACGUGCUUCUUCGUGGCUCGUGAUUUGGGAAUGAACGUUUUGGCUGGCGCCAUUUACGCAUCCGCGUUCGUAUACUUGGCGAAGCAUUUCUUGUUGUGUCGUCUGGUGGAUUCGCUCCAGGAUGUUGCCGACACCAUCGGGCACGAGAUCUAUAGGCACAGUGCUCAGAUACCUUACAGUCGGAAGUGUCAUCGGCAGUACGUGCAGAUGAAGACAACCUUGGUCAUCGUUUGGCAUAACACCAUCAACGGGGUUUCGAUGAUGUGCUUGAACAUGAUUCAAAUUACUACGGUCACGUUCGUAGAUUUGAUUAACAUUGUUUACUCGGUGUUAACCUUUUUGAUCAAUACGGUUUAGAUUGGACUAUUUCAAGUGACAGCAUGACUCUUUGGCCGGAAAACCUUGAGAGGAUCGGAAUUACUAUUUAAAUAUGAAUAUGAAAUUCUUAAGCUUGCGUACGCUUUUGUUAGUUAUUAAUACUGACCGUUACUGCUACAGAGGAUGGCCAAAAUGUUUGAAAUAGGCAACUUUUUUUAUCUCACAAGAAAGUUCAACAUACUGUAACUUUUCAUAGAGUGCAUGAAAAAUUCAGGAUCGCCUAUUUUCGCGAAAAACUCUGGUGGACAUUUUUUGUUUUCCCCUGACACUACUUACUUUGAAAAAUCAUUACUCAAGAACGAAGCAUCGUAGAAACAAAGUUUUUUUCAAAGUGAAAGCAAAUUUUCUCAGAAAUUAAAAAAAUAUGAACUGGAAAAAGUUAUCCACAAUUUUUUUCGCAGUUGAGAAAUUGGUUAAAAAAAUCCGGAAAAACUAUGCCCAAACUCGUGGAAAAUUAUCAAACAAAUAAUUUUGAGAAGGUUAUUUCAUAAGUUUUAAUUGCUGAAAUUUUUGGAAUGCACUUUUUUUUCGAUUCUGAGUAAUGGCCAAUUUUUUUGAAAAAUGUGCAAAUGUGCCAUUUAAGCCUUUUAUUGAAAAAUCAUAACUCAAGAACGAAGUAUCGUAGAAACAAAGUUCCAACAGAAUGAAAACAAAUAUGAACUGGAAAAAGUUUUUCACAACAUUUUUCACCGUUGAGCAAAUUCAUAAAAAAAGCCGGAAAACUAUGCCCAAACUCGUGGAAAAUUUUCAAAAAAAAUACUAUUGAGAAGGUGAUUUCAUAAGCUUUGAUGGCUGAAAUUUUUGGAAUGCACUUUUUUUUCUCUCCUGAGUUAUGGCCAAUUUUAUGAAAAGUGACCAUAUAAUAUAGGCAUACAUGGAUGAGUGCUGGGAUAUUUCUGGAAUGCUUUGCCCAAUCCAGCUCCUGUCUUCCAGGAGGUGGACGAUCCACUAGUUCAACUUCUAAGGAAGCGUUUUAUACGAAGUCCUCGAUUCCGCAUGUUUCAAUUGUGGCCACCAGAUUUUCGACUGUUUGGGCGAAGUUUACCACUGAAUCGAGUCGCUCGAUUUGCGGUGAUGGCAAUGAUCGUACUUUCCGGAAUGCGGAUUGUACGAUGACUUCCGGUCUUCCGUACAACAUCUUCAAGGUAGAAAUUACGCUGUUAGCGUUGGAAGGAUAUAGCAGUCGACAUCGCACUGCUUCAAGAGCUUUUCCUCUCAGGCAUUUUCGGAGUCUAUGCAAGGAGAAAAAUUUGGAGUAUUUUCUAAGACUUUCUUAAAAAUUCUUCGGAGAAAUUUCUUGGAAGAGAAAUUUAAAAGGAAUGUAAAGGAAUCUUGGGAAUUUGCUUAAUAACCUCUUGUAGAAUUUCUAAAGCAACCCUUGGAGAUUUUUUUUAGAAAGCUUCUGAGAAAAUUUUGAAGGAGUUCUGAAUUUCUGAUUCUCAAUGUAUCCGUGAAGCGUUUUCUAAAAAAAAAUCAUGGAGUAUUUUUGAGAAAGUUCAUGAAGAAAACCUAAAUAUAUGCUUUGAAAAAUUUCUGUAAGAAUCUUCAUAAAAAUUCGGAGAUGAAUUUCUAGACCAAUCUAUGCAAGAUUUCUUGACACGAAUUCUUGAAGUAUUUUCUAAAAAAAUCCAUGCAACAUUUUUGGAACCUAUCCGUGCAAGAGUCCCUACAAGAAUUGAGAGAUUUUUAAGGAGCUCGUAUAAUUUUUUUUUAAU